AUGGCAGCUUCUUCGCGCCGGGGCAGCGUGAACAAGGCGCCAGACACUGUUCGCUAUUACUAUGAGCCCAGCAGGUCCAAGUCGAAAACGUCCGUCUCUGUGUCAAGUGAAGCCAAAGGCAAACACAAGAGUUCCACGCUCCGGACGCGGCCCAAACUGCAGCGAAGCGCGAGCACAAGUCAGAGCAGCCCGGCCGACGACAAGAUCAUUGAAAAGAAGCACCACCGUCGCAAUUCGUCAUUCCUAGGCUCCAUCUUUCGACCCUCGGUUCUCGCACCAGCCGCCAUCUCAUCGCCUGCACCGCCUCGAGUCCGCACUGCCGAAUGCCUGACAUGCGGCUCCGACAACGUGCCCGUGUCUCGCUCAGCCAAGCUACCAUGCGGCCAUCGAAUGUGUCAUGCAUGUCUCCGCCGCAUCUUCACCAUGUCCAUCAAAGACCCCCAACACAUGCCGCCCAGAUGCUGCAACCCCGACCACAUCCCGCUCAAGCACGUCGACCACCUCUUCGACGAUAAAUUCAAGAUCUCGUGGAACGCCAAGUAUCAAGAGUACACGACCAAGAACCGUCUGUACUGUCCUGCAAAAGGAUGCGGUCAAUGGAUCAAGCCUGCCAAUAUGCACAAGCUCCAAGGCCGCAAGUAUGGUCGCUGUCCCAGAUGCAAGACCAAGGUGUGCACCCUAUGCAACAAUAAACUGCACACCAGUGGCGAGUGCCCCGAAGAUCCAGAGACUAAGAGGCUUGUUGAUUUGGCCAAAGAGAAGGGAUGGCAACGCUGUUACAACUGCAAGGCUAUGGUCGAACUUAACGAGGGCUGCAACCACAUGACCUGCCGCUGUGGCUCAGACUUCUGCAUGCUCUGCGCCAGUCCCUGGAAAACCUGCGAGUGCCCAUGGUUCAACUACGCCGCUGUUACUGACCAAGACCGCUUGAACCACAUGCGCGUCCCAGAAACCGUCUUGAACCUUCCCCGCCACGAUAGAAACGAUAGAAACGAUGCUCACGAAAGAAACGACCGACACGAGAGACGAAGAGACCACCCUAGAAACCCAUCCAUGACCUACCAACAAGAGCUUGAUGCCCGAAGACGUCAAGAGCGUGCCGACGAAGCCCUGGCUCGCCGUCUGUCCACCACGCACAUCUCUGACCGACCAAUGUCUGACCGCCCCUGUCCUCGCCGACGUGAUACCGUCACUGAAGAGGUCUUUGGCAAUCGCGGCGACCACUUCCUCAACGACAAUUACAUCUCAACCACGUCCCGCAUCAAUGCAAGCGUCCUUGGUGAUGCUGCGUUUGCUCGUCGUGGUGAGCGUGAGAGUAGCCGCAGAUCCAGACGUCAAUCUACCUCUCUCUUCGACAACGACCCCGGGCUUGCACCUAAUGCAUUCGGUACUGAGAGCAUGCUUGGUCUGGCGCCACCCCCAGCUUCUGUUCAACCUCCCGCAAGACGACCAAGCUUGAAGCAGCGGCUGGGAAGUAUCAGCAGCCAGAAUGGCCGUGAGAGAAUAGGUGGAUGGUUGAACAGACUUGGUUGA